AUGCAUUCCACACUGAAAACCCUCAUCCUUCUCUCCACACCCAUUCACGCUGCCACAACAGCCCGCGUCUGGACACACUUUUACCCAUCCUGUCCAGGCGAGCCCUUCUCAGACCUAGCCACAUACGAGAACUAUGAAGAAACAGCUCCCUCAAAAGACAUCUCGGCUGGUCAAUGCAUGCAAAUCGGUGUCCCAUCUUAUGAGCACAACCUUGUCUCCGCUCUCUCAGUAGACGCCGAAUUUCUCUCCAAAGAAAAAGGGCACCCAUUCCCGCCAUCAAACAACCCAAAUUGCAAUAUAACCGUCCACGAAGUCCCAGGGUGUAUUGAUGAUCCACUCAUCACUCACGAACUGCAUAAUGGCGUGGAAGUCAGCGAAUGUCAUGAGCGCAAUUUCGCCGCAUACAGCGAUAUAUGGGUGCAGCUUGUUUGUGAAGGUGUAGAGAAGGAGUCUCUAUCCGAGCAGCAAGAGGAUAUCCCGCGCAUUGACGAGACUGCUUCUGUGCAGAAUAGUGAGAAUGUGCAGACCCCUGGUUCGAAUGAGAACUCGUGGCAUCUUGCGCAGACACAGAGCUCUGAGAGACAGCCUGAGGAGGAGAGCAGGGUAAAUGAUGCUGGACAUCUGGAGAGUGAGGAGAUUGUGCAUCGGGUUAUGGAGGCUUUGCAUCAUAAGGCUAAGGGGAUGCAUCUUGUUUCUGGAAAGCACAAUGCUACCCGGUACAAUGGGACUGCGCCUAAGAAUGCCACUUUGUCGAGGAGAAAGUUGUCUGUGCUGCGAAACCGGGUUGCUCGUUUGAAUUACUAG